AUGUCCGGCGCGCUCUUCUGGGCCUUCCUCUGCAGCCUCCAUGGAGCUACCGAGGUCAUGGCGGAAACAGCGGGACUGAGAUCCCUCAUCCAGCAGCCUGCUCCGAACUUCAAGCUGAUGGCGAGCAUGCCGGAUGACUCCUUCCAGGAGGUGGAGCUCGCAAGCUACCGAGGUAAGAAGUAUGUGGUGCUGUACACCUACCCGGCAGACUUCACUUUCGUCUGUGCCAGCGAGCUGGUGGCCUUCUCGAACCUCAAGAAGGAGUUCGACGAUCGAAAUGUCGAGGUGCUGGGCAUGUCCAUCGACACGGAGCAUGUGCACAAGGCGUGGAAGAACACGCCGCAGGACAAGGGUGGAAUCGGACCCAUCGCUCACCCUCUGCUGGCAGAUGUUAAGAAGGAGGUGAGCACUGCCUACGGCUGCCUCUUGGACAACGGCCUGGCGCUGCGGGCCGUUUACAUCAUCGACAAGGAGGGCAUCGUGCGAUCUGAGAUGAAGAACGACCUUCCGCUCGGACGCAACGUGGAGGAAGUUUUGCGGAUCCUCGACGCGCUGCAGUUCCACGAGAAGAGCGUCAAGGACGGAGACGAGCGAGUCUGCCCGGCCGGGUGGAAGAAGGGUGCCAAGGCGAUGAAGCCCACGACGGAGGGUGUGGCGGAGUACUUCUCGAGCAAGUGA